AUGAGUCGGGUGACACGUGCCAUAUGUACUCUCCCUUAUCUGGCCCUCUGUUGCAAACGUGGCCAUCGAAACCCAUCUGAGCGUAUAGUGAGGGCAUUUCUAGUGAGGCACCAAACGGGUCAAUUUGCCAUGAUACUUUGGGAUGUGCGCACGCCCCGAAUGUGGACCCUCAUCGUUCACAGUCCAGCCUCCGUUCGCAAACACCAGCCGUCCCUCCGCUACCAGUUUGCGGACCACAUCCCGGCGCUCGUCAGUCUGUGUGCGCCACCAGCGGUGGAAAAAGUAAAUUUCGACCUGGGUAAAUCGACGUGCAGGUUCUUUAACCACGUUGGCUAUAAUCUUACGGACAUAGCGGUCAUAAUAGUCGUCGGCUGUUCUCAUCCAACCCACGUCGUCGUGACUGUGGGCUAUGAGGUCUUCGAUGGGUCGGUCACCGGACAGGCGCUAUACCCGCACUCGGCCCCCACCGGUCCAAUGUAUAGUACACCGGCUGUAAUAACGGCGCCCAUAGUUCGUAUUUUUUAUAAACACUUGACUGAAGAGACUAGUAAACUGAGCAAGGUGUAUGGCCCGGUAUUUACUUUAUGGAUAGGUCCCUUACCUUUUGUGUUCAUCUGCGACCUCGAUAUGGCUCGCGAGAUGUUUAAUAAUCCACAUUUCAAUGGCCGUCCGGACACUCACUAUAAGAAACUAUUUAACAAAGGUCAAUACGUACAAGGUAUUGUCAAUGCUGAUUACGGACCAUGUUUUAUUAGUAGCCGAAAGAUCGCUAUGACUACAAUUAGAGUUGAUGACAGCGCAGAGAGCGGUACUGCGGACUUGAGUCCAGUGAGUUGUGCUUUAGAAGAGAGGUCAUAA